AUGCCUGCCGCUUCGUUGCAUGCACCGAACGACGCUUUGGCGGAGCUUCUCGCUCCGGACGGGUAUUACAAGUACCUAGGCGUUUGCAAGCCUUCACCGGCAGCGGAAAGCUCUGGUAGAUCGUCGGAAAUGGAAGGUCCUUCGGGGUCUUCUGCGAAAGAAGACACACUCGACGAAGAUACUGUAAAGAAAGCAUACCGUAGACUGAGUCGAAAACACCAUCCCGACAAGCCUGGCGGCGAUGCCGAUACGUUUCGCAUGCUCAACCGAGCGCAGAAGGUUCUUCUCAAUCCGAAGCUCCGCCAACAAUACGAUAUUUUGGGAAUCGAUUUGGAUGAUGACGAAGAGGAGCAUGCCGACAACAAUCAUCACGAUCAUCCUGACGAUAAAAAAGAUGGGAAUACGGCGCAAGGCAUUGUUCAUGAAAUCGCUAGUAUGGCGUUGACAACUAUCGUACAGCUCGGAGUUCGAACCCCAUACAUUGCUUUCACUAUUCUGAAACAAGCCCGGUUGCCGGGGCAUUCCCUGCUUGAUAUGUUACCUCCGUUGCUGAUUGCAACUGGUCUUUUGUGCAUGUUCUACGGUCGCGUAGUAUCGGUCGGCGACAGUGAUUCGCCGGAUGCCGGUACAACGACCGCACCUUCAUGGACCUGGCUGUUCUGGAGCGGCGAAGUGCUGGUUAUUGCCAUGUUCACCUUCAAUUCCAUGAGUGCGAUACCCAAGACUCCCCUUGUUUUGUCGUUACUCGGUAUAUUCUCGGCCCUUACGGCACUUUGGUUUCGCGGAAAGUUUUGGAAUUACGUAAUUGUCCUCGUCAUGGAAGGCUUGCUUGGUGUAUUCGUGGCCUUGGCCUUCCCCGUAAUGGAACUCAUUCUGGAAGCGGUUCUGAAUGAGAAACUGAAACGGGUGGGCGACAAGGUUCGUGCGCAUCAUCGACAGUUAGAAGCCUACUACGCGGCCAAACUGCAACAAAGGGAUCACUAAAUUAAGAAGUGGUAUCUUUG